UGCGCGGCGGGGGCGGAAGCACAGUGUGGCUGUGCGUGGCGUAGCGGUGGUGUUGGUUCCGGGUCGGCCAGGGGCCGUGUUUCCGGUAGCGGCGAAGGGCACAGGACCAAGGAUCAAAGACCCAAGGAGCGCCGCUUCGCUUGAAGAGAGAGUCGCUGCGGCUGGUAACUGCUGUGAGGUCUCCCUGCGCGUGCUGACCGCCGACGCCGAACCAUGCCGUGGAAGCCGAUGUAUCGCUCGGACGUGCGCCUAGAAGGCAAGACGGUCGUCAUUACGGGCGCCAACACUGGCAUCGGCAAGGAGGCGGCGCGCGACCUGUACGGCCGUGGCGCGCGCGUCAUCAUGGCCGUGCGGACGGUGUCGCGAGGCGAGGCGGCGCGCGAGGAGAUAGAGGCGGCGGCCGAGACCGGCGCCGGCCAGCUGGAGGUACGCCAGCUCGACCUCGAGUCGCUGGAGUCGGUGCGCCGCUGCGCCGAAGAACUGAAUGCGGCUGUGGAGAAGAUCGACCUGCUGAUUCUGAACGCCGGCAAGAUGGCCUGCCCGCGCUCCGAGACCAAGGACGGCUUCGAGAGCCAGCUGGGCACCAACCACCUGGGCCACUUCUUGCUGACGCACCUGCUACUUGACAAGGUGAAGGCGGCCGCGCCUUCACGCAUCAUCGUGCUCAGCUCGCUGUUCCACAAGAUGGGCAGCAUGCACUUCGACGACCUGCAGCUGAAGAACAACUACGGCCCCUGGAAAGCCUACAAUCAGAGCAAGCUGGCCAAUGUGCUGUUCGCCAGCGAGCUGGCACGCAGGCUGAAGGACAGCGGUGUCACCACGUACGCCGUGCACCCGGGCUGGGUGCGUACCGAGCUGGCCCGCCACCUCUCCGUCUGGACCAAGGCGGUGCAGGCGCCUGUGCAGUUUCUCGCCAAGUCGCCGUUGCAGGGCGUGCAGACGACGCUGUACUGCGCGCUGGAGCCGACGCUGUCGGCCGAGUCGGGCCAGUACUACGCCGACUGCCGGCGCACGGCGCCCUCCAGUCGGGCGCAGAGCGUGGAGGACGCGCGCCGCCUCUGGGAGGUCAGCGAGCAGCUGGUCGGUCUGAAUCGCUGACAGGGGCUGAGCCGGGCGGUGGAGCACGGCAACGGCUGCUCCUCCGCCUCGGGCCCGCUGCCUGAGGUGCAGUGACGGCUGUCCUCGGCUCCUCGUGCGGCCCGCAGUGACGGCUGUCCUCGGCUCCCUGUGCGGCCCGCAGUGACAGCUGUCCUCGGCUCCCCGUGCGGCCCGCAGUGACGACUGUCCUCAGCUCCCUGUGCGGCCCGCAGUGACGGCGGCGCCGAGAGCGCCGUCCGUGACGUAAUUGCCGCUGUGACUGCUGAGAUGAGGAGCGCGGCCAGGGCCGUCACUGCUUGAACUUUGGUGGCGGCGGACCGUGGGGCCGGUCCAGAGCCAUGCUCUGCUGCAGAGGCCCCCGUGGCUGAUGAGCCGCAGCCGUGGACACUGGCUUGGAUUGAGUACGUGACCGAGGUGUGCGGGAGAGGGGGUGUCACGUGCUGCCUCUAAAGUUGUGUUGUGCCGCUGACUGCCGUCUGCCGAAUGGAGAAUGGCACGUGAGUGACACGCGGCUGUCGGCUUGCCGCAGACCGGUAUUGGCCGGUGGAUGAACUGGCCAAAGGGAAUCGAUGUCGUCUGUCUGAUUUAUACUCAAACAUGCUCGGGUAGUCACGCCUACUUAACCUCGGCGCUUUCUCUAUAUCUGCUGCAAAUGUUGCCUUGUGAAAGUGUCCAGUUUCUGAUCAUCAGUUCUGAGAAUAAAUGUGUGAUGGACUUACUAUCAGAGGUGUCUGCAAAUUGUAUAUCAUUAUGUCGUGCCCAAUUCGGCAGAAUUUCCCACAUCAAAUGUGCUCGCAUGUCACAUCGAUAUGCGCGCACGUGGUAUGUGCAGCAUUGAUACAGCCGUUUUGUUGACGAAUUUGUAAAUACAAAUGGACACCCUC